AAGACGCUCUAUCCCUCUCGCGCGCAACUACGGAGGAGAAAACCGAAGGGCAAAAGAAGCUAUAGCCAGACCGCUGCAGCAUUGACGAAACCAGCAUAGCGUCAUUGCUAUCUGCAUCCUCGUCAAUUCUCGGCUGACACCUCUGACUUGCAGCAGAGUCAUCUGUCCGGCGCCUCGACCGAGCCGCAGGGAGGAAUUCGAGAGCAUUCAAGGGCAUUGCAGUCUGCUGGCUCACCACUGGCAGCUGCACCACUACUCUCCAAGACCACACGUCACCACCGUCGAUCGCAUCUUGCUCUGCAGCCAUGAACAAUCAACAGAACGAAAUGUACUACGACUACCCUACAGCCGCGAAUCGGUCACCGGGCUCGACGCGGCAGGGUUAUGCCACCGUCGGCAUGCACGCCGGACUUAGCCAUCGCUCCGGCCAGCGGCCGCUUGAGCAGCUGGGACAACACAUGGGCUCACCGGCACUAUUUACAGACGACCGCGUGGGAGGUGUUGCCUCUGGCUACGACGCCCUAUCGAGGUUCGAUCGCAUGGGCGGGCCCAACUCGAUGCAGUCGGGGUACAUGCUAGAGAACAGUCAGACCUGGGGCUACAAUGCCGGUGUGGCCACCAUGAAUGGCCCCAUGACUGGCAACGGCAGAAUGGGGCCUAGAGCUGUCAAUCGAAGAGCGGCUCUCCCUACGACAUGGACCGAUCAAGGUGGACUGGCCCUCCACUCCAUGGGGGGCCAGAUAUACGACCCUAACAUGGGCAUGAAUACGAGCGAGCACGAUCUCUCGGUCGACCGACACAUCUCGACCCCUGUUUCUGGUGACUCGGAGCAGCUGAUACCAACGGCCAUCGUGAUCAAGAACAUCCAGUUCCAGUGUCGCAAGGAAAUCCUCCAGGGCCUCAUGGCGUCAAUGAACCUCCCGCAGCCAUACGCCUUCAACUACCAUUUCGACAAGGGGGUGUUCAGGGGCUUGGCCUUUGCCAACUUUUCCACGCCCGAGGACACGGCCAUUGUAAUCCAGAAGAUGAACGGCUUGGAAGUCAUGGGACGCAAGUUGCGCGUUGAGUACAAGAAGAUGUUGCCACAGGACGAGCGUGAUCGCAUCGACCGAGAGAAGCGGGAGAAACGGGGACAACUCGAGGAACAGCACCGGGCGCCUCUGCCCGUGCAUCACCAAACCGCACUUCAGGCCCUCGGCGUCAGCGUCAAGAAUCAACCCAGCGGCUCCCCGUUGCGCGACGUCGACCUCAACGAUCCCGACACGCUUGAGUUCUACACGCAGCUGACGCUGUUCAAGAAUGACCCAUCCCGGGAGGUCUUCAUAUUCCCCCCGGACGUAGCACCGGAGCAGCGUCGCCAGAUCCACAUCCUUGCCCACAACAUGGGCCUGGAGCACCGGUCUGUGGGCGAGGCCGACAGACGCCAAAUUCAAAUCAUGAAGCGGCCGCAGCACUCGCCCCCCACGCUUGCUGCGCAGAAUCAACUGCCGGCUAAUGUAUCUUGGGAGGAUCACCGUCGCGGCCUUAGUCGCGCGGCUACCUUCGACUUCGCCGAAUCGCGCGUUGGGUCUAGCGCUUACCAUACACUUGGCAGGCAAGGGCCUACACUCGAGCUGCCGGGCAGUCCGGACAACGGGAUUCCGAAUAACCUACGCGCCGCCAAGAGCUUCGCCGAUCUGCGAACCCACAGCCCCAGCCCUGCGCCGUCAGGGUCAAGUUAUGCCGGGCUCGGGAACGGUCUCGGAAGGUACGGAGACUACAACUCGCUCACGACGCCUCCGAACCUGACACCCACGUCUGCCCAAAAUGCCGGCUCAAGCACGGAUGCCCUGCUUGCGGGCAACAUGAGUUCCAUGAACCUUGGAUUUGAUUCCAACGCCUCUCAUCUGAGGGCUCGGGACACGCCGGGGGCUAUAGGAAGCCAACGGCCUAGUGCCAACGGUUCGGCGAACCGCAAUGCCCCAGAUAGACAACCUCGCGGCCCUGAGUGGGGUGAGGGUUUCAAUGGACGGAAUCGAGGUCACAUGCAGAGAGGCAGCGACUCGUCAGACGCCGGCCGAAGCUCGGGAACUUCUCGCUAUCACUAAGUAUAACCCAAAUCACCACGAGCCUUGAAUCUCCGUACGACAACAGACAACGAGAGACGAUUUAUGACGAAGAUUUGAACUGUUUCGCAUCCUUGUCGCCACACUUCCAGAGUGCCUCCCCUCGAUGAAUGCGGGUUAGUAUUCAAGUGGAUACGCGCUUUUACGCAACAAGCACCAUUGCCUCGCUGCUCGCGUCCCGACUGGAUCCUAAUAACACCUUGUAAUAUGGCAUAUUUGUUUACUUUAUUUCUUUCCGGAAUUGACGUUUCAAGUUUUGAUUAUUCUUCUCAUGGCUGUCCUGGAUUUGGGAAAGAGCUACAUCACAUGGAGUUUGAGA